AUGCUGUCCACACCUCAGCCCUAUCCCACCGUGGCCAACAACGCCCCCGCGCCCGACGAUGCCCAGAUCGAAUCGCGCAUGCCCACCGUCUGCGUCGACUAUCUCAGUCACCAGUGGACCGACGAAGACGUCUGGAGCUCCUGGAAGGCCAUGACAAAGCAAAAGAAUCAGAUCGCAAACGGCGUCAGGCUCGAAAACGCAAGUUGGCGCACCUGGGCAAAACAGCGCGGCAAUCUCAAGACCAUCAGCCCAGAGACUCUCAACUGGCUCAAGGACAGCGACGUCACCUGGCUCUACGGCCCUCUGCACGAGCAUGUCGAGUCGGUCCCGCCUCCCAAGCAGGCCACCAUGGCCGAUCGCCUCGAUCUCGAUGACGGUCACCACGUGCGCUCCAUCCUCAAGCAUCGCACCAUCUCCGACAUGCUCACCACCCCAGGCAACGGAGGCUCCGCUUCGCCCAGCACCGAGCUUGCCACCAACCCCAUCGACGACCACGUCCAAGAGCAGGACCGCAAAGCCGAGGAGGCCAAACGCAAGGCGCUCUUUUCCGUAAAGUCCGACUCCAACCUCGUCGGCAAGUCGCCCAAGCGCACCGGCAGCUCGCCCGGCGCCAUGCCCCUCGUCUCGGCACAGAAGAAAAAGUCGCCCAGCAUCGGACGCGCAGACAGCGCCGGCUCGGACGAGAAGCGUCACAUCAGCUUCAACCAUCGCGUCGAGCAGUGCAUCGCUCUGGAUCACCGAUAUCCGGACUACGACGAGUACGACGAGGACGAGCUCGAGGAAGAGGAGGACGACGUCAGCAGCGAGGAAGAGGAGGUCUUGACCAUGAAGUCCAGCCCCAGAACCUCGCCCGCCAUCUCUCACGCCUCCUCCUCCUCAAAGCACCUCGAGCACCAGGCCACCAUCGCCAAGCUCGCCCCCACCCGUCUCAAGACCUCGGAAGUGUUGCCAGCGCCCUCCCCAGCCGUAGUCGACCCGACGGGCUUCCUCGCCACGCGCUCCAACAACGGCAGCACCGUCUCCACCUACGCCGCUCAGUACGGAUACGCGCGUGCUGGCGUUCCCUCCAGCCACGGCGACCCGACGGCGCGCGGUGUGCAGUGGGAUCUCGACGACGAGUUCACCGGCGACUUUGACUACUUUGACGGCCCAGACAUGGCCGACGGCGAGCACGACAACUCCAACGGGCCGGUUUUUAACACUGGCGACGCUGCGAGCAGCCCUGACGCUUCCCGACCCUACGGGAGCUUUUUUGACCACAGCGAGUCAGACAGGACUGAUGGAUCCUCAUCAUCCACGUCGCCUCAAGAUUUAGCAACCGCGGCACCGGAGCCAUCGCAGACCAGUGCCGCCCCGCGCGGCAUCCUCAAGCACCGCAUCGUGCAUCAGACCGCCGCAGAAGACUACGACUCGCGCAGUCUCGAGGCCGAGGGCGACUACGACGUCCUCGGCACUUCGCAUCAGGAUGCCUCGUCCUUUCAGGACUCGUACGAUGCAUCGCGCAGCGGCGACGACCGCGAAAGGGGCCGCCCGUCGCAACGCCUCGGGAGUUCGGCCAGCUACGAGCGCAUCCAGGACGCCGCCAGGCAGGGCCGCGGACGCACCAACAGCGGCAACUCGUCCGGCCACUCUCCCACCAACUCGAUCGCCAACGGCAGCUACGACCGCUACGCCGCCUCCACCAGCCCUUCGUCCGCCUCGCCCGUCAAUGCGAGAGGCGCCGCGCGGGGCGAGUCCUUUCGGACCGGCAAGGACGCCAAUCGAGAUGGAGCUGAUGGCCUUCGAGCUGGAGAUGCAGCAGCGCACGGAGGAAAGGCGCGUCCGGUCGCGAAUCGGGCCUUGAACGAGUACGACUCGGACGGCCAGGGAUCGUACGGCCUGGCGAGCCCCAACUUUCCCGCCAGCCCGCACCUAGACGCAAAGGAUGACGGCGGGUCCAACCGAUCGUCCCAGGAUCGCGACGGCGACCGCUACAUGUACGGCGAGGACCGCACAUACUGGUCGGACGACCGCAAGGGGUCGAAAGCAGCAUCGCGCGCCAAGUCGGCUUCGCCCAGUGCAGCGGCCACCGAGCUGAGCGUGGAUGUCGAGAACAUUCCGAGCAAUGCGCCGCCGGCGUCCAAAAAAACCAACGUCGUCAGCCCCGACGGCCCCGUAGAGGUGGGACCGACGCCGCUCAACACGCCGACGUUCAUCCUGGCGCGCGCGAGCGGCAAGCGGCGCUCGGGUUCCGGCAGUGGCGCCGACAUCACGGGCGGUGGACCGUCGAGUCCGACGCUGCCGCGCCGCACGAGCGCCACGGGCGCGCUGGUGGCGCCGCACAACUCGGAGCCGCGCGUACCUCUCGCGCACGACUACGUCGAGGAAGACGAAGGCGGCAUCAUCGGCCGCGCGGUCGAGAUCGUCAACACCGCACGCGAUCUCAUCGGCGCGCUGCUCGGCACCGGCGACCGGGGCCGCUCCUGGCGCGAAGCCUGA